AUGUGGCUACGCAGAGUGUCGAAAACCAGUCUCCGCCAUGGCAUAGCCCCUGGUAUUAGUCGAGGUACACAUGCACAUCCACCGAGAACCGUUCAACUAAUUGAGAGCAACCGCACACUGAUAUCCAAGCUCCAAACUUCGUUCAACAUCCCACAAAUUAUGGGACAAACGGCGUUCGCUAUUGGCUUAUACACUCUAGCAACAACAACAAUAUACAUCGGAAGUAUCUCUGCCGAACUAUCAGACUUCUAUGCCAUGUGGACACGAUCAUUGGACGAAGAGUUUGAAAAAGCAAGGGUUGAAUGGAUGUUAAGAAGUAUACUGACAGAAGAUAUUGAUCCGACGGGUGUUAUCGAUGAUUGUGUUACUACUACUAAUGCUAAGGGAGUUAUAUGUACUGGUUGGGAUGAUGAAGUCGAUUAA